AUGAACAACGGUCUACGGGAUAAAUUAUUGGAACCAUUGCUCUGCAUUCAAAAAACGGCGCUAGAUGCUGUUCAGCUAGCUCCAACAACAAUGCUUUUCGACGUUGCCGUGGUGCUAAUACUCCUCAUUACGCUCGUUUCUCUUUUGCUUUACUGUUGCGUAAUUGCAAUAAUGUGGCGCAAUCGGAAAUCGAGUCGCUACAAGACUUUUUUCUUCAAAACUUUAUGGAAUGAGAGCUUCAUCAACUCCUUCACUAUCAUAUUCUUCCUAACAACUAUGUAUAUAAGAUGCUACGGCGCAACGAGUUCUGUAUUCCUUUUCUUGAAUCGCUACUCAUGGUGGACAAAAUUUGCGCAAAUCACUCAAGAGCAGAUUAUGUAUACGCAAACCAUGAACGUAUUUCUAACAGUUGGAGGCCGAUUCUGUACUGUAUGCUUACCACAUUCACAAAUUACUUAUGUAAGUUAA